AGCGCGGCACGGGGCGGACCCUGGGGAAGAUGGCGGCGGCCGUGGCGAGCCCACGUGGGCGCGGGUCCGCGGACACCGACACAGAUACGGACAGCGGUUCUGAGUUAAGCUCAGAACUUCCAGAAGACAGCUACUCUUCGGGAGGUGAAGCCCUGGAUGGUGAUGAUGAAGAUGAAGCAGCAGCCCCUGGCAACGUGGCUGAAGAGGCAACAAGCUCCAAAGAUGGCCCAAGUUCAGGAUGGGCAGAUGCCAUGGCAAAAGUGCUCAACAAAAAGAUUCCCCAGAAUAAGUCCACCAUCUUGGCCAAGAAUAAAACCCUGGAGAAGGAGAGAGAGAAAAAAAAACAAGAGAGGCAAGAAAAGAAGAUGAGGCUCGAGAAAAAGCGGGAGUGGGAAAUGAUGUGCCGAGUGAAGCCAGAUGUUGUCAAAGACCGAGAGAAGGAAAGAAAUCUUCAGAGAAUUGCCACAAGAGGUGUUGUGCAAUUAUUCAAUGCCGUCAGGAUGCACCAGAAGAAAAUGGAAGAGGAGGUGAAGAAAGCCGGGAGCUCUGAGAGGAAGCGCGCGAAACUGAUGUCUUCUGUUUCAAAGAGAGAUUUCAUCGAUGUUUUAAGAAACAUGGACGGUGCUAAAGGAGGCAAGAAUCCUGCUGGAAAGGCCACAAAAAGUAAACAGGGUGAAGUGAAAUCUGAAGAGGGGCCAGAAUGGAAUAUACUGCGUGAUGACUUCAUGAUGGGAGCUUCGAUGAAGGACUGGGACAAGGAAAGCGAUGGAGAGGGCAACAGUGAAGAAGGAGGUGGUCUGAAACAAGAAGAUGACAGUGACUGAAUGAAACAGAAAACAAUUCAAGAUCGUGUUUUAUCUUCUUAAGUUUGUUUGGAUAAAAAGUCAGCAUUCUAUGAAUGUACAACACUUGGAGGAUACCUCUUUUAAAAGAAAAAAAAAAAAAAGACUUACACAACCUUGGAGUAUUUUCUCCUCCAUGUCAAACUUUUAUUUAAUAUAGCUCCGUUUGCUAUACUGAAAUCCUGAAAUAUUUUCCAAAACAAGUAUAAUUUUCAACAUAUUUCCAAAACAUUUUGUACAGUCAAAAUAGUGGCACUUGCCCAAUGAAAGACAGAUUUUGCCAAGGUCAUUAAAAGUUUAUACAUUAGUCAUGGCAAUUGAUGUAUUAGUGUGCCUGCAUUUCCAAAUCACUGCUGCACUUUGAAAAGUUGUUGCAAUUUGCAAUAGAAAUGACUUACAAUAAACACAGAAAUGCCGUCACCUUGUAAAGUUAUCGGACUCCUAUAGAGUCUUUACUACUUUGGCCAGAAAAGGUUCUGUAGAUAAUAAAGGAAAGUAACCAUUAAUGUGAUAGUUCUGGUCUUGGAGCAUUAAUUUGAUUGGGGACAACUCUGGAAACAGAAUCGUUAGGAGAGAGACUUGACCCUACUUUAGUGUUUAUAUGUGUAUGUAUAUAUGGUUUUUCCAUUGCAAGUCUGAGUUUGUAUAAGCUGAGAGUGUGGUAGGAGAGGAAAGGACAGUCAUUGCCAUUGGUUUCAUUGGGGAGGGAGAGCUUUACUAGCAGUCCCACAGAGGACUGUGUUCAGUGUUGCUUCACUUGCAGUUGUGGUGUUCUGGCCUUUUUCAGUGAGGAGCCGGAGCUCCGAGAUUCAUCCUGUGGGUUUAGUCGGGUCUGGUGCCAAGUCAGAUCUAAUUCCUCAGGUCUGCAAAGGGUCAGACCAGAGCCCUUCCUCUUAGGUGUGGGCCAUAAGAGUAACAAAUUUGGAAGCCAUCUCUCAGGAUAAUACAAUUGCCUUUGUUUAAGCUACAGCAGUUUCUCCUCAGUAGUUGUUGGUUGCAGAGGUGCAGAAGCUAACACACGUAAUAAGAAUAUAUUUUAUAUAAGCCUAUGCAUACAGAAGGAAUUGUGUGGUGGUAAGGGUGUUCUAAAUGAGAGGCUGGGGUUGAAUUCUGCUGCCUUUGCUGUUCCAGACUGACUGUCUGAUGCUGUGUCAUUUGUUUAACUUUGCUAUCACAUUUCCCCAUUUGCUAUGUGAAGAAAAAGCCUUGGGGCCUAUUAAUUGAUAGUUAAAAUACAUGGUACUGUUCUGUCCCUUUCUGCAGAUGCCUUACAGACAAACCUUUCUUUGUACCUCCUUUUAGGCAAGAUAUGAUUAGGAGCAACUUUAAAAUUUUCAGUCUUCAGCAUUGAAGUGUGCAGUAGGAUUUAGAUUUUCCUAACAAAGGCAUUGUUUGGACUUUGUGUGUUCUGCAGGAUAAAAAAUACGGGUACAAAAUGGCAGAGAAACCCAUCCCAACAACUGGCAAUCAUUGUCUUAUCCCUAGCCUAUUCAUCUGGUAUAUAUUGUAGCGUAAUUCUUCCAGGAGAGCUCAAAGCUAACAGGAGAAAUGUUUAGAUUUUCAAGCUGUUUUGAGUGUUAAACAUAUUAGAAAUCUGAGGAGACAUUAGUUUGUGGCCUGAUAUUUAUUAUCACAAAUGAAGGCAUACACCCAAAAUACCAAGUGGCAAAACCACAGAAGUUUGACAUAUGGUUAUCCCGGCUUCUGAAGGCUCAACAUCUGUACAGCUGUGCAGUGGGAGUCACCAUCUCAUUAGUGCAGUGUGAAAAUGUGCUGCAAUGGGGUUUGAGUCCAUGAAGCAGCAUGACAUUCUAACCUGACACUGCUUUCUCUCUACAGAGUUCAGCUGUUUUCUGUGGAAAAAUUACAUCAGCACCCUUAAAUCUACAAUUGUUCUCUAGUUUCAUAUCAGCAGUUUUCUUUCCAUAAUCAAACUUCUGGAAAAUAAUCUAAGUUUUCCUUAGGAACUGCGACAUCCUGAGGUAAUUAUUAAAAAUUUCAGAAUACUGUCCAAAUACUUUUGGAAUACUUGGGUGUUUAUUUGUGCUUUUUUGGAGUAAUGUUUUGAUUAAAGCACUAAAGUGUCUCUAGUGUGUUUAAGAAAAAUGUAGAAUCUAUCAUUAUUGCUUAAGGUAUUUUGAGCUCUCAUUUAAUUUAGAGUGCAUAGCCUAUAUAUGGAGAGCAUUUCUUGCCCUUUAAGAAUUUUUAUGUAUAUUGAGUAGUUAUUUAAAUUUUAUACUGUAUCUUGUCUUUGCCUUGUCUUUUUUUUUUUUUUUUUUGUGCCAUAUGCCUAAGAAUUGCUAAAAUUGCUAACUAGAUAUUUUGAUUUUAGUCUGCUUUAUUUCACAAGUUUUGUUUUUGUUGACUAGCAGUUCAAAAGAUCUUGUUUGGCCCAGGCACCUUCCAGUCUCUUCUCUGGGCUGCCCUACCCCCUUUUUCAGUAAUGUUCUUCCUCUUCAGCAGCUACCAAGAACAACCUUCAGCAGCUUUUCCCAGCAGUCAGAGUGCUCGCUCUGUUUUUCCUGCUCCCAUGAAUAUCUCUGCUCAAGCAAAGCUGUGCUGCUGCCCUUCAUUCCAGAGAGCAUGAAUCAUCUCAACUUUGUAUAUUUCUGUACCUAUCUAUAUAAAGCCAAUAAGGAUGGGGUGGUUCCAGUUUUGUUAGGCUUCAAGCCAAUUCCAGAGUAUGUAAAGUUUAAUAUUCUAUGGAUUGCACGCAAAGCAAGGGUUUUGUUUAAUAAGAGAAGGCACAGGGUCAGCUCUUCCCCAUGUCUCUCGUCCUCUGGUCUAAUUUCUCCUCGCAUUAAUUGUGCUAACUUUUUUCCAGCAAGGAAGGCAUGAGUUGGCCUAUGGAAAAAAAUAACUGUCUUGUCCCUGCUUUUCUUCAGCCUCCUGUUAGGGAAACACUUCGGGAGUGGUGAUGGAAUAUCCUUGUUGUGCCUGAUGCCACUGUACCACAGCAUCUUCUCUGCUGAAAGCUGGAGGGAAGAGCUCCCACUUCUGCAGCUGUGAGGCAGAUUCUCCUGGGUUCACAAGCUGAGCAGAACAAAAGAGCUGGAAGCUGCUUCCUGGUGAAGAUAGGGCUUUUUUUGUCUGAUGUGUUUUGAAGAGAGAAAUUAAUUGUUUGGAGGCCAUAAAAGUUUUUUGACUAUCUGAUGCUUCCAGAAGAAGGUGGUCUGUAGAGCUGCAUCUGUUCAGAGCUGGCUCAGUAGCGGUCUCUGGGGAGGAAGGCAGAAGUCAUCUGGCACAAAACACUCCGCACAACUGAAAAUGACAAACUUCUCAUUCUUAUGAAAUGAGUCCUGGCACAGUUAAUAUACACACAGAGCAGUCAUCAGUGUUGUUCACUUCCAAUCCCUGCAAAUUGCUCAAUGAUUUCUUCAAGACUUGCUGAGGUAAGGAGUGAGAGGGCCAGGAGAAGGCUUGAGGUAGUGGAGACUCAGGAUCAUGUUACACAGAUUGGGUCCUUGUGCUAAAUAAGAUGUUAAACUCGGGAGUCUAAGACCUCAGACACUGGAGACUGAACAAGUUCUUGAUUAACAGAUGGUGGAAGACUGUACAUUUCAUUUACUGCUAUUCUAAAGCAGUGGCUUCUAACCUCUUGCAGCAUGUAAACCUCCAGUGUUUCACCUGUGUAAGUGAUCUAGCAGACGAGGGCUUUUUUCUUUAUAAUUCUUCUUCAGACUUUUAGCAAUGGCUGAUACUUCUUAGAUAAGCAGUGUUUUCAAAUGCAUCUUUUCAAUUGCUUUUCUGUCUUAAGGGACAUGUUAAAAAUGAAACUCCAGUCAAACUGAAUACCUUCAACAUGAAAGAUCCUUGUGUUUGUGUAAUGCUCCAUCCCUUGAAACGACUUAUUUUUGUUUAAAUCCAUAUGUUUAACCUGUUGGAUACAAAAUUGUUAAAUGCACCAGGGCACUUUGAUCGAGCUUUUGGGUGUGAACUCAUGAGCACAAGGAGUUUACAAGAGGCACUUGGGAAGGUUAUUUUAGGAAUACUCAUAAAAAGCAUUAUUUCUUCACAGUGACACAGUUGGUUCAGUAGCCCAUUCUCUCAUGCCAGUGCAUGAACUUUUGGAGCAUCAUUUUACAACAUUUUCUUAGUGUUUCUUCACUGUUUUCAGUAAAUGUGGUGGUGUUAAUUGCAAACUGCUAACCAGGGUCAGACUUGCAUUGAGAUUUUCAUCCCAUUAGGAUUUCUUACAUAGUAUUCUCAGAAGUAGCUGAAUAAUUAAUAGAACGUGUUCACUUACAGGAUAAACUAGUUACACUUCUUAUCAGAAACUUUGUGCCGUAAUUAAGAAAUGGUUAAAUAUAAAGCCUGCUGAUGUUAUGUUAGUAGUCCUUUAAGUCAUGUGUCGUAGGCAUGUGUGAUCAUAAGUAGAAGGUAACGGGGUUGUUUGCCAUAGUUCUAAAAUCUGAUGUACUUUAAGAUUCCACUAGCCAUUUAUGAGCCCUUUAUAAAGUGUAUUAUGAAUAUAAUCGUGAUGAUUGUGACUUAAGGCCUGUGGCUAUUCAGUCACUGUCUUGCUUUGAACUUUGCUUUUCUAUCCUGAUAAAGGAGGACAUUCUCCAUUGUUCAGAACAGAAAAGCUUAAAAGUGUUGCUUGAUUCAAGCAACAAGAUAGUGAAAAGCUUUCCUGAUUAUGUGCACUUUGCAUUGACUUCCAAGUUGAGUACAGUUUAUCUCAAGAGGAUUUUCUUUGGUUUUAAGUGACCCAUAAACUGCAAGUUUUGUGGGCAGUGAAGCAGCUGAACGAAAACUCUCAGCGGAGAGCUGAGUCCCCGAGCUGUUGGUAAUUGAGCCUUUGAUGUACUCGCCCAUAGCACCUUCACUGUCACACCUCGCAGGGCUGCUUGGAGGCAAUGGGCAGUCAAACACAUCUCGUCAGUCUUUCCACCAUGGGGUACUCUGCAUCCUCACUUAUAACCCCAGCGAGCUUCAAAAGAGGUUCACACUGCACAGUAGUGCAAUAUUGCUGCAAUAGUGCACCUCUGUACAAAAGGUAACAACGGUGUGGUUUCGUAUAUGGUGGCUUUUUAGAGGAGUGAAGUGUUUGACAGUACCUGCUGAGAUGUGGUACAUCCUUAUGAAAGAAAUGCUCAUUAAGAAAAGACUUCAUAAAAUUCUGAAGUGUCUCUUCAUGAUUAACAGAAAAAGACUGAAGAUUUUUCAGAACCUUCAGAAAAGACCCUCAAUUUAAGGAUGCAUUACUCAGCCAAAGCAAGUUAUUAGACCCAAGUAUAAAUAUACUUCCACCGUGAACACUGGUCAAAUUGGGAGGAUGAUAUAUUGAUCUUCUUUCUUGUGGAUUGUGUUAGAAAGGGACUGGUCAGGCCUUGCAAGAUGCUGAACAUCUUUCUGAUGCAGCACCACAACCAGCAGGUCAGACCAGGACUGCCAGUGCCACUGCUGUUCUCUCCAUGUGCUAUGUUUUGCCUUUUUU